CAGCACUGUUCAGUUAACAGUUAACAUGUUGACAUUAUAAAUAAAAGAAAGCGGUUAAAAAAUUUCCAUUCUUUCUGAAUAUUUUAAAUUUAUUAAGGUACUGAUAUUAAUUUAUGUUAACUACGUAUCCAAUAUAUAUUUCAGUAGUACGUUUUACACUGUGGUUUUUUGGUUUUACAUCAUUUUACAUUUUCUACAGUAGUCGAGUGGGUGCAUUUUUAUAAUCUUUUGUGUAAUGGCGGCUGUUGUAAAAAUCAAACGUUGUUUAGAUGAAGAUCCUUUGGAAACACUUAUACUUAAUUGUAAAAGACGGAAAACUAAUGGGUCGGAAAAUAACACAAAUGAAGAGUUAUCAGCAGUACUUCAAUUAGCAGGAACAUCAAAAGAAGACGAAAGUAUCGAACAUGUUAUAAGAAAACGUCGUCUAGCAAACGCUUCUGAUCUAAAGCGACAAUUUAAAAAGCAUGAUGUUGAUAUUAGUAAAAAAAUACGUUCGGAAAUACAGGAUCACUCAAAAAAUACUAGGUAUCGAGUUGUAAACUGCUUUCGAAAAAACUUUAAUGAUGAGCUGCAUGAAGAACCCGGUAAAUCGAAUAAUGAAGAAGUAACAGUUUUUGAAUUAGAGACCGAUUAUAAUAAAAACAGUACAUCUACAGAAAAUAAAAAUAAGGAAACCGAUCAGUCAAAGUAUGUUUAUGAUUUUUAUUAUACAAGUUCGGAUGAUUUUGGUGAAGCCGAUAUAGAGGAUUAUGUUAGUGUGUAUCCUUUAAAUGAUCCACUAUUAUUUGGAUCUGUAAGAGACAAUGGUCUAAACGAAUCAGACUCCGAAUAUGAAAGUGAAGAUUCAAAUGCAGAAAAUAAUUGGAAGAAUGAUUACCCUGAUGAAGAAGAUCUUGAAAGUAUUAAUGAAAAUGAUAUGAUAUACCCCGUAAGUCUCUCGGAAACCCCCCCAAGGAAGCCCGACCAGUGGGUCCGUUGUUUGUGAUGAAGGAGGAGGCCAGGAAGAGUAAGGAAAACCAGGAGGCCCGAAGAGAGAGAAUCAGGAGUUUGGUGGAGGCGUUCAAUAAAGUGCCCACCAGGUCCGACAACCCCUCGACGUCUGGGCAAAAGAUAAUUCUCUCUAAUAUUCAAGUCCGUCCUCCUGGACCUUACUUCACAGCUACACCACCGACGCCGUCUAUAAGCAGAACAGAAAUAGCGGACAAGAUCGCCGCUACGACCGGGCCCUGGGACGCUAAACUCUUGGAGGAAGUGCGUUCCCUGAGACCGCCCGGCGUCCUAGAAAAUGAGAACACGCGGAUUCGGUUACGAACCAGUAAGAGACGCCGGAUCUGGGUGACCAUUCCGAAAAAUGCGUAGAAGUAUGAAAAUCAUUCUAACGGGUAGCCUGGGGAUCCUAAUGAACCGUUAAAAAGUUCCGUCCGGAAAGAGCUCUGGAUCUCGAGGUUCUCUUCCUUUUUGAGAACGCUUACAGACACCGGGUUGCUUUGGUUCGGUACUCGGGCGCCACCCUCAAAGUUUGUAGUGUUUGAGAGACCACUAAUGCCAGUACGGGUAGCUUUUAUACAGUGGAGAUACCAGGGAGUUAUGAGAUGAAAAGAAAAUAAAACACACAAUUAACUGUAACAUAACACUAGGUUUAACAAAUUAAUUAUGUACAAAAGUAAUCAAAGAAAGUUUACGUUCCCGAAUUGUAACAAUAGUAAAAUAAAGUGAAUGUUUAGAACUUUGUAAAGCAAAAUUUACAUUAACAACCGUGUACCUCUAGAGUUCUGAGCGAUUACUCCCAACACGCAACUCUCUGACUGACUCUAUAUCACUCGAGCACAAGACGCGUUCCCGAAGUUACGUUCCGAUAUACACAGAGACGAGGUUCCCGGAUCGGCGGCGAUAUUAACAGCAUCCCGUUAGAUACGACGACGCGAGUUCCAGAUCGGCGUCGGAUUUAGCGGCGUCUCAUUGGACACAGACACGUAGGUACCGGAGCAACACACUCUACCGCGACGCGACUCUCUAAACGGCGGCGACGUCGUUACAGGCGUCCCGACACAUCUAGAGAAAAGCGGGCGCGACAGAAACAGCUUCGGGAGUUGGGCGAGAUCCUGUUCAAGCACCAUAAAUAUUCGCGUCCCGUGCGUUUACUGAACUACCCUGGCUGUCCCUUAAGAAAACAAUUAAUCAUUAACCCUUAACUAGCUUUUCCCGAGAGGUACGUUUUACCAGAGCAGAUGUCA